AUGUACGUUCCCAAAGCCAGGGGCUUUCCCACUCAACUUGCACGGCCACUCUGCAAAAGGAGUCUGCCUGCAGGCUCAAGUUGUCUUUCCACGAACACUUCGGCUGCCAAAAAAGAAGGCGACAUUUCCUCCGUCUUUGUUUCGCUAUCUGGCGACGGCAAAGCUCAGCCACUCGACGAACGAUUCGCCGAUCAGAAAAAGAAGUUGAUCGGGGACCGUGGAGACCAGCUCAAACGAAGCUGGGAUCGUCUGCUUUGCAAGCUCAGAGACGAAGUUGAGAUUAUUGGACAGCGUGGAUCGGAUAUCAUCCCCAGCAUCAAUUUCAAAGAUAUCCAUGCCGCACCGCGAUCAUUCCACGAUGAGCUUCGCAAGCGAGGUGUCGCUAUCAUCCGUGGCGUGGUUCCAGAGGCCGAGGCUAGAGGAUACAAAGAAGAAAUCGAAUCCUACGCACGGGCUAACCCAGGCACAAAGGCCUUUCCACCCAAUGAUCCUCAGGUCUACGAGCUCUACUGGUCUCACCCUCAGGUUCGAGCCCGCUCUCACGCAAACAUGCUUGAGACACAGCGGUUCCUCAUGAGCUUCUGGCAUUCCUCCGAGUCCGACGCCAUGAUCUCCCCCGUGCACCCAGUUACCUACGCAGACCGUCUUCGUAUUCGCCAACCUGGUGAUGCAGGAUUUGCACUGGGUCCUCACACCGACGCCGGAAGCGUUGAGCGCUGGGAAGACAAUGGCUACGGCUUGGGCCAAGUCUACCAGAAGAUCUUCGAAGGACGGUGGGAAGAAUACAACCCCUGGGAAGCGAGCUGCCGCCUUCCCGUAGUUUCAAAUCUCUAUGACGGCCCUGGAGCUUGCUCUAUGUUCCGCAUGUUCCAAGGAUGGUUGAGCAUGUCACACACAGGACCCAACGAGGGAACCUUGCUUGUGAACCCUCUUCUUUCGAUGGCUACUGCGUACAUCAUGCUCCGUCCAUUCUUCCAGCCUAUCAACCCGCCGCCAAAGGAUGAGAGCUCUCGAAUUGCGAUGGAUACCUACCUGGAACCCUCUAACUGGCGUCUGGAGGAAAAGCCUACGAGUAAGCUGGAAGGUGCUACUCCCGGGUAUUCGCAGGAGCUUACCACGGUUCUUCACCCACAUCUUGAGCUUCAAAAGACCAUGGUCCAUGUUCCUAAGAUUGGACCUGGUGACUAUGUUGCCUGGCACUGUGACACCAUCCACGCAGUUGACAAGGUCCACCAGGGAACUGGCGACUCUAGCGUACUGUAUAUUCCUGCCUGCCCCGUCACGGAAGCAAAUGUAGAGUAUGUCAAGCGUCAGAAGGACAACUUCAUUAAUGGCAUUCCCCCGCCCGACUUCCCCGGUGGUAAGGGUGAGAGUGAACAUAUCGGCCGCGCCACGGCAGAGGAUCUUCAAAAGUAUUCCAAUGAGCAAGCUCUGCGCGCCUUUGGAUUUGGCAAGUGGAACACCGAGGAGGAGAACCUCAACCACGGACAGCGACUCGUUCUGGAGAAGGCCAACACGAUCCUAGGCUUCUAG